AUGAGUGACUUCAGGGACAUUCUGAGGGAGAUCGGGGAGUUUGGCCUGUUCCAGAAGAGGCUGGUGGCGGCGCUGUGUCUGCCAACCCUCUUCACUGCCUUUGACGUGAUCGGACAAGUCUUUGUGGGGCUUCCUUUUCCACAUCACUGCAACACUGACUGGAUCUUGCAGAUUGAGCCAAAUCUGACAAAAGAGAAACAGCUAAAUCUGACUUUGCCUGUUAACAGCGAUGGCCAGUACGAUAGUUGUCUCAUGUUUAAACCUGUUGAUUUGGACUUGGAAACCAUUGAGGCUUAUGGACUCAAUGACACAUCCACAUGUGAAAAUGGAUCUGUUUUUAAAGCAGUGGAAGGAGCCUCCAGCCUCGUGUCAGAGUUUGUCCUGGUAUGUGACAGCAGUAGUUUAAUAGAAACCUCUCAGUCUGUCUACAUGUUUGGACUGCUGGUUGGAGCUCUGGCUUUGGGACUCAUGGCUGACAGGUUUGGUCGUCGCUUUGUGAUCCUCCUCUCUCUCUUCUUCAUGAUGACGUUUGGAGUGGCGUUGGCCUUUUCUCCAAAUAUUUAUGUUUACAUGGCUAUAAAGUUUGUCAGCGGCUUCUCGGUGUCAGGAAUCCUCGCAAAUGUCUUUGUGAUAGGUGGUGAGUGGAGUGAUGCCUCAAAAUUCGCACUGUGCACUAUCGCCUGCCACUCUUUCUUCCCCCUGGGUCUGAUGAUACUCUCUGGUUUGGCAUAUUUGAUUCGCAACUGGAGAGUUUUACAACUUGUGCUGUUCGUCCCUCUCCUGCCUGUGUUCAUACUGUUUUAUUGGAUCAUCCCGGAAUCAGCACGCUGGCUCAUCACUCAGGGAAAGAAAAAGCAGGCCAUCAGUGAGAUCCGUAAAGCAGCUAAAGUGAAUAAAAGAAAGGUUCCCGAGGAGCUAUUAGAAAAGUUAAGUGCAGAAGCUCCAGGGAAAAGGAGUAACAUGCUGGAUCUCCUUAAAAUCCCCUAUCUGAGGAAACGGGCGCUCAUCAUGAGUUUUAUCUGGUUUGCCACCAGCCUGAUGUACUAUGGCAUCAGCCUGAACGUGGGCAGUUUCGGCCUGGACAUCUACCUCACACAGUUUGUCUUUGGUUUGGUGGAGCUGCCCGCCCGAGUCGGCUCGUUACCGAUGCUGCAGAGAUUUGGACGCCGCAUUUGUCAAACAGUGGUGCUCGUCGUGGGAGGGGUGGCGUGUCUGGUGAUUAUUGCAAUACCUAAAGAACUCCCGGUCGCGGUCACAGUGAUAGCUGUACUAGGGAAGUUUGCUGCAACAGCCUGUUUUUCCAUUGUUUAUGUCUACUCUGCUGAGCUCUACCCAACUAUAAUAAGACAAAAUGGUGUGGGUCUAAAUGCCAUGUGUGCUCGAGUAGCGGGCAUUCUGGCUCCUCUGAUCCGACUUCUGGACUCGUACCAGUUUUUCCUGCCCAUGUUGAUAUAUGGCACUGUGCCCAUCCUGGCGGGGGGGCUGUGCCUGAUGCUGCCCGAGACCCUCAAUGUGGAGCUCCAGGACCACACAGAGAUGUUAAUGCCAGAUAAGAAGACCAAGCCGACGGACACAGAGAAGAGUACCAGUAUGUAA